AUGAAGACGGACGAGGAGCGAUUCCGAGACGACUACGUGUACGACAGAGACGACGACGAGGACGACGCGAACCCGAAGGCGACGAUCAGGCUGCGACAACGAAAGUUUAACGCCGCGUCGAGCGGAUUCGCGUCCACGGUGUGGGACAGCGCGAUCGUGUUGGCGAAAUAUUUGGAAAAGCGAAAUCGAGCGAGCGGCGCCGGCGCUCGGUGGCGAGACGCGGUUGAGUUAGGCGCGGGAUGCGGGCUGUGCGCGUGCGUGUUGGCGAAACGGUGCGAAAAUCUCGUGACGGGGACGAUUUACGCCACGGACGUCGCGGAGAAUAUGGAUUUGUUGACGGAAAAUGUGAAGGCGUGUUCGUCGCGAAUCGCGCCGCUCGCGUACGACUGGCGAGACGCGCCGCCGAAGUCGAUCGACGCGUCUCGCGUCGAUCUCAUCCUCGGGACAGAUUUGGUGUACUACGACGACGCCAUGCCCGCGCUGGUGAAGACGCUGAAAUCGUUCGAGAGCGAGGCGUUGGUGGUGUACUUUGCGUUCGGGCGAAAUCGACAGGCGCUGCCGCGAUUUUUGGAAUGCUUCGACGCCGAGGCGCGCGACGCGUUCGAAGAACCGAGGUUUUUGGAAUCGCACGAGCUCGACGCGUUGUAUCAGUGCACGGACGUGAGCGUGAUGGAAUUGAAGCGAAAGUAG